AUGACCAGCUAUUUCCCUCCAUCCACAGCAACCAAUGGCACCGGAACGUCUCUCCCGACGUCGGAGGUGUCGUCGCCAUUGUCGCCUCCCUCACAACGAUCAACGGCGCUGUCCAACCGGUUGACGAGCGUACUGUCGGCCUCGUACGCGGACUCCGAUAUCCGCGACGCCCUCGAGACCUUGAGUCUACGGGGCAUCCAUAACACCGCGGAGACCAGACGCCAGCUGCGGCUAGAUGUGCAAAAGGAGGUGGUCGAUUGCAAUGCAGAGAUCGUUCGCGACUUUGGCAAGGUGGCGGAGCAAUUGAGUCGGAUCGGAGCGGUGAUUUCCACGCUGAACCAAACAUGCGAUGAGAUGCGCAGACAUAUCGGCCGGGCCAAGCAGGAUACCACCCCCGUGCUCGAAGAAGCCUCCGUCCUGAUGACGCAAAAGAGAGACACCGAAACAAAACAGCGGCUGCUCGACGCCUUUGCGAAACACUUCAUCGUCCCAGAAGAAGAUCUGUUUGUCUUGAAUUCUGCCGAGGAGCCAGUCGAUGACCGAUUUUUCGAUGUGCUUUCCCGCGUCAAGCAGGUGCAUCACGACUGCGAGCACCUCCUCGGCGGCGAGAACCAGCGAUUGGGCCUGGAGCUGAUGGAGCUGAGCACGCGACAUCUCAACGGGGCCUACCAGAAGCUGUAUAAGUGGAUCCAGAAGGAGUUCCGGUCGCUGAAUCUGGAAGAUCCCCGGAUUAGCAGCUCCAUCCGCCGUGCGCUACGGGUGCUGGCUGAGCGGCCAACUUUGUUCCAUAGCUGUCUGGAUUUCUUUGCCGAGGCCCGCGACUAUGUCUUGUCCGAUGCAUUCCACUACGCCCUGACGGAUGCCAUGUCGGGAGCUAAUGGGGCGGGCUCUGGUGAUCGCAGCGUCAAGCCAAUCGAGUUCUCCGCGCACGAUCCACUGCGAUAUAUUGGAGAUAUGCUGGCAUGGGUGCACUCCACCACCGUAUCGGAGCGCGAAGCCCUGGAGGCAUUGUUCGUCGCGGAUGGUGAAGAGCUUGCGCGCGGCAUCCAAGCCGGCUUGAGCAGCGAGCCCUGGUCUCGGAUUGAUGAAGGGGAAGAAGCGGUGUUCGAUGGCCACAAAGCUCUCAGCGAUCUGGUCAACCGUGACCUCACGGGCGUCUCGCGGUCCCUGCGACAGAGAAUUGAGCUGGUGAUUCAGGGCCACGAUGAUCCCGUAACCUGCUACAAGGUGAUGAACCUCCUAUCAUUCUACCGCACGACCUUUGCGAAAUUGGUCGGCUCGCAAUCAAACCUGGUUGAUCUGAUUCAGAGCCUGGAGAAGUUCACUCUCAACCACUUCGAGAGUCUUAUGAAGGACCAGGUCAACACCCUGUCCAACGGCGCCAUCGCAGUAACCCCGCCAGCCGACCUCUCCGUGCCGCAAUUCCUGCUAGAUGCCCUCGAGGUCCUGACCUCCCUCAUGAAAACAUAUGAAGCAUCCGUCGGACCCGACGACCCAGCCGCAGACGACUCAACCAGCGAGAACCAAUUCACGCCCGUUCUCCGCGCCGCAUUCGACCCUUUUCUAACCCUGGCGCGGUCCUCGUCCGACGAGCUCCCCAACACCACCGCGCAGGCCAUCUUUCGCACCAAUCUCCUUCUCGCCGCGCGCGCCACCAUCUCAUCCUUCCCUUUCGCCAGCGCCACGCACCUGGCCCCUAUCUCCAAUGCCCUUUCCACUCUCCGCACAGAUUUGCUGGAUAUCCAACACCAAUUCCUCCUCAACGCAUCGGGUCUGCACGCCCUUCUUCUUGCAUUGGAGCCUUUCUCCCAAAAGAAACAGGACGCCCAUCCAGACACAGAUAAAGAGCCAGAUCAAUCCCCAGAGACACAGGAGAAGGCCACGACAAAACCACAACUCACCGAUCUUACGUCUCUCCUAGCCUUCCAACCAGAAGCUCUAGUCGCCUCCAGCCAACAACUUGACGAUUUCCUGCCUUCAGCCCUCAUGGACGCAACAGACCACCUUAAGCGCGUACAGAGCGCUUCCCUCGUGCAGAGCGUCACGGAAGAUGCCGUUGAAGCGUUCUGUCGUGACUUUGAGUUUGUUGAAGGCAUGAUCAUCGCCGCCGAUGAGGCGAGAGGGACCCUCGACGUGGGUAUUCCUGGCACUGGUGCAAGCGUGCUGAGCGGUAGAUCGGGUAGCAAGGUCGGUGUGAGUGAGAAGGGGGAGCUAGAGGAAGACAAGGACGAAGAAGACCGGUGGAGUCUCCGCUCGUUGUUCCCACGAACGACGGGCGAGAUUCGGGUAUUGUUGAGUUGA